GGCGAAUUUACUGUUGGCGGGAACCCUGCGAUAGACUAGCAUCCCAUUCAGGGGGGAGUAGAAAUACUCCUUGCCACUUGAAGGAGAGUUGAGGACUUUGGACCUUUUACGGAAUAAGGAAAACUGUUUUAUGUUUACAAACUAAAGGAUAUUGCUUCCUUUAAUUUCUGGCAGACGAAGAAGCACAAGAAAGGAAAGGAGGCGGCUAUCGCUCAGUAAGUUAUUUUGUCUUUACUAUGUCAAACGUUGACAACUUUACAGUGCAGUUGUCUUAUUUGAAGAUCAUAAACAGACUUCGCUUUAGAACUUUCUUUAGUGUAUUUCUUCAGAGCGGUGCCUUCGUAUUCAAGCGUUGUUUGCUCUCGCUUUCUUUAAGGUUGUCUAAAUCCGAAGAGGACAAGGAUGAAUUAAAGGCAACGCUCAGCUCUUUGAAAAAAGAGGGAUGUAAAAUCAACCGAACUUUGAAGGAAGAGAGGAAUCAAACUGAAAGGCAGACGAGAAAGCUUGGUGAAGCUCAAAAUGAAGUUGGUAGACUGCAUAAGGAAGUUGCACAACUUCACAGUACAGUGAACAACCUUGAGAGUCAAGUUAUAUCUCUGAACUUUGAGAAAACGGAUCUCGAAGAUGAUAACGUCAAACAACAACUUCACAUAAAACUCCAAGGGAGAAUUAUUAACAAGAACUGA